AUGAUGAUGAUGACUAAUUACUCUGGCAUUGCUUGGAAGAUUUCCGAUGAUGGCAAGAACGAACUGAUUCCAGUUUCAGCUGGACUCUACUCUCAGCUGACUUUGAUACUGACCAAAAUAAAUAAAUGCCUUGUCCAGGAUAGGGUCGGGCUAGAGAUAAAAAAGAAGAAAUUUUUCACACCAGACGUCCACUUGGAGCUUGAGAAUCUCAUGCAGAUUAAGAAGAAGAAGCAGCAGCAGCAGCAGCACCAUCUUCUUCGAAGCACAGCCGAUUACUGA